UUUCGUCGGUCGUUUCGGUCCUCUCGGCGGUCCCAACAUGCAUAUUCCUUCACGCAAUCGCCAAUAGAAUGGUCACCUCGGCCUUUUACCAUUUAAGGUCCCCUCAAAUGCAGCAAUUCAACCGGAAAUAUAAAAAGGAUGGCAAUCGCCCAGGCGGCGCUCUUUCACUCGGCCUCACAACCACCAUCCAUCGUCACUAAACGAUAAUUCCAAGCAGUUUCCCCCUUCCAUCAUGCUAUCCGCCACCGUCCUCAUCGUCGGGGCCGGCCCAGUCGGCCUCUGGCUGGCCCUCGAGCUCCGGCGCGGCGCCGUCGACGUCCUCGUCAUCGACACCAAGGCCUCGCGCGACAACCGCGACGGCUUCUCCAAGGCGCUGAACAUGUCGGCCGGCACGCUCGCCACCUUCGACUCCCGCGGCCUGGCGACGCCAUUCCUCGCCGAGGGCUUCCCCCUGCCCAAGGCGCACUUCGGCGCGCUGGAGACGCUCCUGGACCUGAACGAGCAGGUGCUCGGCCUCCGCCACUCGUACAACCUGGCCAUCCCCCAGGCCCGCACCGAGGCCAUCCUGCUGCGCCAGUGCGAAGACGCCGGCGUGCGGUUCGCCUGGGGCCUCCGGUUCCUCCGCCUGGACCAGCUCGCCGACUCCGUGGUAGCCACCACCAGAAAAGUGACCGGCGACGGUCCAGACGGGGACGGCGAGACGGUCGACAUCGAGGCCGCGUACCUCGUGGGGUGCGACGGCACGCACAGCGCCGUCCGCGCCGCCGCGGGCAUCCCCUUCUUGGGCACCCCCGGCGCCGUGACGGGCGUUCUAGCCGACGUCCAACUCACGCAGCUCCCCUUCGCCGCGGGCUCCAGCUGGGCGGUCCGUCGCACGGCCAAGGGCAGCGCCAUGAUCGUGACGACGGGCGACGGCACGCACUACCGGUUCGUGUGCAUGGUCCGCGACGCGCGCGACGCGCCCGCCUCGCAACCCCUGGCCAUGGACGAGGUGCGCGCCCACCUGCGCGACGCCUACGGCUCCGACCUGGGCGCCCACUCGCCCGCCUGGCUGUCGCGCUUCGGCAGCGCCUGCCGCGUCGCGGGCGGGAUGCGCGCCGGCCGCGUCCUGAUCGCCGGCGACGCCGCGCACCAGUUCCUGCCCGCCGGGGGGCAGGGCAUGAACCUCGGCCUGCAGGACGCCACCAACCUGGGCUGGAAGCUGGCGUUUGCCGUUAACCACCACCGCCACGCCGACGCCGUGGUCGAGCGCGUCCUCGACAGCUACUCGCGCGAGCGCGUCCCCGUCGCCAGGGAGGUGGUGGACAACGUGCUCGCGCAGCUGGCCCUGCUGCUGGCCGAGAAGCCGCACGAGAACGCCCUCCGCGCCGUGGUCCGCGAGUCGCUGACUGUGCCGGCCGUCAACGCCCUGUGGGCGCGGCGCAUGACGGGGCUGGGGGAGCCGCAGGCGCCGUACCGCGUGGAUGACGGGGACGAUACCCUGGUGGGCUUGAGGGUCGCGCACCUGCAUGCUGCUCCCGCCGGCGAGGCGGACGGUGACGACCUGCUCGUCCGCGCCAUGGAGCCGGGCCGUUUCGUGCUGCUGCUGCGGGGUGACCAGGCCGGGGACGAGGACGGCCAUGCGGAGCUGCGGGCCGAGGCGGCGCGUUGGGCGGGUGGUGUUGACGUGCUGGCGUGCGAUACCCGCGCCAGUGAUUCGCGGUGGGACGGCGUCACGGCUGUGCUUCUUCGUCCGGACGAGCGGGUCGCCUGGGCGGGACGGGCGGGGACACCGGGUGUGGCCUUGAGGACGUCGCUUGCGGGGGUGCUAGGGCGGUGGCUUGGGGAGCGAGCCCAGGGAGCCUGAUGCGACGUUCCGGCGGGAUCGGAUGUCGAUUCCACUUGGAAGGGAAGUGUCGUGCAUUAGGGUAGGCGUGUGCGUGUACAUGAUAGAAGUCUGGAGUCACUUUCUCA